CCCCAACCGACGACGAUUUGAGGUUUCCCACUGGGGCUGCGAAUGCUGCUCGAUUUCCUCUUCCCGUCGUGUUGGGAGGUCAAGGUGGCGCUCUCCUCUGCCCUCCUCGUGAUCGCUGCCUUCUUAACCUGGGGGAAUACUUACGCGCACGCAGCCCUCAGUCGAAGGAGCGAUCACCCUCGGCCUCGCCGUGGAAAUAAAACAACGACGGCCGAGAACACAGAGAUUGUUCUUGAACGCGAGGACUACAAGGAGAAGCUUCUGUCAGAAGACGAUUCACCGUAUUCUGCAUACUUGGUUAAGUUGGAAUUACUUGCUGGCAAGAACCUAUCUGGAUCAAACCUGGAUGGCACAUCAGACGCAUAUGCGAUCAUUACUUGUGGCAGUCAAACAAAAUAUAGGCAAGUGUUGUCAAUUUUGUCGAGCAUUUUAAUCUUCUGCUAUUCUUGA